GCCCCGGGCGGCCGGUGACAGCGGGGCCGGGGCAGCCUCGCCGCCGCCCUUCGUCUCCCGCCGGCCCCGAGCGUCACCGAGGUGAGUGCGGGCGGUGGGCGCCGCGGGUUCCGCUUUCCGGCCCGCGCUGGGGGAAGCGCGGGGCGAGCGCCGCGUGCUGGGCUGCCGCCCGCCCUCCCUGCCUCCCUCCCUGCCGGCCUCCCGCCGGCCCCGGCGGCGUGCCUGCCCCGCGGCGGGCGGCGGCCCGGCCCUGCUCCGCUCCGCUCCGCUCCGGCCGUGAGGGGCCGUUACGUAACCGGGCAGCGUUUGGGGCGCUCAGCCUCCUUCUCUUUCCUCGGAGCCGGAGAGGAUCGAGGCCAAGCGAGGCUCUCCUCCGAGCGCUGCCCUAAGUAACUUAGUUUUCGUGCGGGGGUAUCCGUGUAGCAGUGCUCUUCCCUCUCUUCCCGUUCCGAGAAGCGCUCCUCUGCCCGCUGCCCCCCCGUCUCUGAACACGGCCGGGGGUUGGGGUCCCACCGGUGUCAGCCCGGAGGAGCUGUCGGUCUGUGGGUGCACGGAGCGAAGUGCGGGAAUGGAACCCGAUCGCUGUGCGGCGGCUGCUGGGAGGAAGAACUUUUAUGGCAACGAGCGGAGAGAGGCGGCAUCUCCCGUUUGUGUAAAUGGUGUUUGUGAGCUGUAGGUGGGCACGGCCAGCAGCUGUGCAGAGCGGCAGCACGCAGGGAACCCCGAGUUCUGGCGCGCUGCUGCUCCCAGCUCGGGGCUCCCUGCAGGGGCAGCGAGCUCGGGGUGCCCCAGACAGACACCUGGAACGCCACAGCACUCGUUUCCCUCGUCAACACAAAGGGCUGCUUACGCUGCGGAAGGCACUUUGCUUCCCAGUGCUUUGCUAUCUCAGCGUGCCCUCCUGUGAGUGGUACUGUCGGCAUGGAGCGUGCCGUCAGCUCCCCUUGUCUGUAACACGUGCGCACGGCGGGGAGAGGUGUUUCCCAAGUGGCGUGGUGUCCCUGGGCAGUGGCAGGGGCAUCACUUGGCAAGGACGCCGGGAGCAAGCCACCCUUGCGAUCAAGGUGACAGUGACAGCAGCGGGGCUGCUGCUGGGUGCCGCCCGGCUUCCCGCAGCCCUGAGCUGUGUGAGCAGAGCCUCCUGGUUCCUCAAUCUGGAGCGCGGCACCCGGUGACAUUACUGAAAGUCACGGAAAUGUGGUAGCGGUGCCAUGUGACGGGCGUUGCGGAGCCCAGUGGCACCGAGGGGUGCUCCUCCGCUUCUGCUCUGCAGCGCAUCCCUCUCCUGGGUAACGUGGGCCGGGUCUGCCUCGGGAAUGGGGGAUGGAGGGCGGUGCCGUGUGGCUGAGGUGCUGCUUCGGCCCUGCUGGCAUCCCGCCCCGGGAGAGCUUCCCCAGUGCUGGUGCUGCCCUUCCUAUGCUGUGUGCCUGUGGGCAGCACCGCGUGUUGGCUGUGGGCUUCUGUGUUUUCCCGUCUUCUGUCUCGGUGCUCUCUCUCCAGUGCUCCUGUAAGCCCCAGGAUACCCACUUGGGACAGAGUUUUGGUUCACAAGGCCACCGGGGUCCUGCUGAUGUCCCUGCCUGUCGCUUUGUGCGACCUGCGAACAAAGCCUUUGGGAUGUAGGUUACCUUAAAGUGCCUUCUGAGAGUUGGAGUGAUACUUCUGAGCACGGGGCUUCAUUGUGCUUAUAAACAGGUCUCUCUGCACAAGAGUUCUGAAGUUCUUUUAUUUGGGAACCCCUACAGUGACGUGCUCUAGACCAAGUUAUACUGUAUGUUUCCCAUCGUAGUUCAUGUUGCUCUUUAUGACCUUGACUUCUAAAGUUCCUCUGUAAGAUGAGGGCCAUCCUUUCCCCCACCAGCAGGCCACAGUGGUUCUUGUAUAGCACUGGGGCUGUGCAGUGGAGCUACUCAGCAUCCCUGUGGCUGCAGGCCUGUGGCAGAUCAUGAGAGGGGUACUGAACUCUUCUGUCUCGCUGUGCGCCUUAUGCCAGUGCUCUUAGCUAUAACGAUACAUAACAGCAGUGACUGUGAAAGUGUGGUUAUGCACCGUGUCAAAAAAGCAUAGCUCUGAAGGGUCUGCUUCCCACUUUUACGGAGUGGCAUCUUAAUUUUUGAAGUGUAAGCUGUUUCUGUUCUGGCUGUUGUGCACUCUGCUAAUAGCUGUGUAUUUUUCGUGUUAUGCUUUGUUGUUCUUUAUAUUAGCAGUAAUAAUUUCUGACCUCUUCAUCCCAAGAUUCUUCAGACGUGGUGUAAAAUGAGAGCAGCCUUUCUCAGAUCUUUAAUCGGUGCCCUUAAGUGCAGCCUGCUCUGUGGAUCCCUGGAGCAUCCUGCUGUCAACCUUCUGCAGAGCUGAAUUUUGCCUCCGUGCUCCUAGUCCAACCUUCCUGCUUCUUAGCUAGGAAUAAAACAGUCUUUAAAGCCGAAUAUCACACGAAUCUGCAAAAUGCAUCUGCAGUGUUGUGAUCAUGGCUUUUACUCCCCUUGAGCACCACAUCCAUUCUUGAGAGUAGUAUGCUAAAUUUAACAUCCCCAAAUAAAAUGUUUUAACUGCGUGCCUGUCUUAAAAGCAUUUUGACACCAUCUUCCACUAAUUCCAGAAGAGCAUUUUCCCUUUUUUACAGUCCUUCUAGUGAGCUUAGUCCAUUACGUGAAGUCAGCCCAUCAUAAAAAUCAAUGUAAUUGAUAUACUUUUAGCUAAUGUAUUAAAGAGCUGGCUAACUGCUCUAUUACUCACUUUUUGAUUGUUUAAAUAUGGUUUUGCACUAUGAAAUAUGGAUAUUCGUAAGGGGCAUUUACUUUCAAUUACAUUAGAAGCUUGUGACUUUGAACACUGCAUAAAUAUCUUACAUGCGUGCUGCUGUGCGAAGCCCCAGCUCCUCCAGGUGCAGUCCAUUCUGGUAUGAACCUGAGUUCUAGAACUCUGCAGGUUACUGAGUGGUAGUUCUUGGUUUCUCACAGGGAGAUGACUUUUGUUUUCUUGUUGUUUGAAGAGCCUGAGGAGAUGAGCAGUCAAGUUGUGAUAACCUCAGUUGUUGCUGAAAGCCGGUGUGCGUGGAGACCAGGUUGGUUCAGAAAAGGUGCCCUUGGCAAGGUGAUCUCUGUAGGUCAUCUCCUGAUCUCACUGGACGUUGCUUCUGUUACCCAGAGCUUUAUUUUUCAAGCAUUAAAUAAAAUCCUUGUCUCUUUUUCUCUGCUGCCUUUAAAUGGUAGGCAACUAUGCUAUGGAACCUGGUUGUGGAGUGAACGACUUCAAAACUUUUCUUCUUUUCCCCUGAGGUGUUUGGUUUUGGUAGUACCCAGAUAGAGCUUUGUAGUGGUUUUCUGGGGGGAAUUUUUUGUUUGUUUGUUUGUUUUUCCACAACUUGAACAGGUAUUUAAUAGCCACUGCAACUCUCACUGAUGCUUUCAGCUUUUGUGUUCUUUCUUUGUUAUCAGAUCUUACCCAACAGUUAGCACAUGUGUAGAGGUGGGUGUACUAUCACUCUGUGUUGAGGACUGCUGUUCUGCAUGCUCUGGUGCUCAAGUUUGUGUUUAUUUGCCAGUUAGGUUCUCAAAGAGAGAGAAAGCAUCAGCAGCUUGGUGUUGUGGGAGCUCAGACUGUAUGCGGCAGCUGAUGUACUGUUGUACAGCUGUUGUGGAACUCAUCCUCAGCUAAGGAGGAAAGUGUUUUUCCUACAUCUUCCUGUGCCAUGCUGGCAUCGACUUUCAGAAGCUUUGCUCUGCUAGAAAGCUUCCCAAGAAGCUAAGUCAGCUGCUGUGCUGCUGCCCAGCUGAAAGAGUGUUGGCUUCCUUUGGCUCUGCUGUCCGACAGCUCUAGUCUUGCUUUCUGAAUCUUUGUUCUGUAAAUUGCAAGCCAAUGUAUUGGAAGGUCUCCCUUGUUUUCAUUAGUGCUGUACAUUCAUUGGUUAAGCUACACAGGCAAUGGGAUCCCUGGUGAUUUUUUUUUUAAUGGGAUUUCUUACUGUGAGUAAACUCUUAGCAUGUUUGGGACACAUAAUAUUUCCUGUUAAGUUCCAGUAGUUCCUCACAUAAGAGAAUCCCUGAAGUCAUGCGACAAAGUUUGUCAUCCGAGUUACGUGGAUCUGCUGAAAUGGUGUGAUGCCCAAUGCCCAAGCUGCCUCUGAAAACUCACUGAAGGCAAGUAAGAGGGUACGUUGUGGUCUUGCUCUUCUUACUUUGCAUUGGAAGAGACUCCCAGAUUCUGUUGGUGUGUCCCAGCAGCCGCAGCCAUUAUUGCAGUGCAAAGUACCCCAUGUUAGGUGGUUCUACAAAAAGGAGUGCUGGCCUUGUUUCGCAAGCACGGUGUGGUGAAGGCCUGAAGAACCUGCAGAGUUUCAAUCUGUUUACUUUUCUGCAGCCACAGCUCAUCAUUAUCUUUCUCUAUGCCAUCUGAGGCUGCUCUGUAUUGUGUUAGUAAUACUUCAGAGCAGUUUGAGAAUGGCAAGCCAGGAUUGCAGUGAGAAUUAGAAAGCGGUGAUAGUGGGAUCCUUACAGGGGGAGUGAAGCAGGUUUUAGUUGUUUGGAAGGCUCUGUGAGAAGCAGACCUGAGGAGAACAUUGGUAACAGGUUGAAAUAGACCAUCAACAGGUAGAGGGAGAUUUGGAAGUGCUCCUGAAGCCAAGGGAAGCAGCUGACUGAAAAGCAGAAUGAAAAAGUUGAACCAGUGACCCCGGACAUCCGUAAGAGAAAGGUAUCUAUUACUGGUCUUCAUCAGGUGUCUUCCACAGCAGGACUCUGAAAUGAGUGUAACUGUAGCAGCCUGGAAGAGCGCUGACUAAAAGCAAGAAUAAAACUGUCUCCCACCCCGACCACAAGUGGAUGACUAUCUGAUGUAAUUUCAUGUGGCCAUUUCUUAGCUGUGCUAGCUGGUAUUACGCAACUGACUUCUAGAUCUUGAGGUGGUUCAAGUGCUAAUUCGUUGUAGGCUAAAUAUGAGUGGUCCGAGUUAUGCUUUCACUCUGGUGUUCAACAGUUUGAUUACCAUUAUGAAUAAACAGAGUAUAGAGAACAGCCUGCAGUCUUGUGUCCGUAUCCUGUUUGUGACAGUUCUACACCGAGUGCAUCAAAGAGUGAAUGUUCAGCGUAGAGGCACUUUCAAAGCAUCUUUAAGGACUCAUUUAAGUUAAAAUUAAAGUAAUGAAUUUAUUUAAUUUUCAGUUCAUUAUGUACUUAAAGUAAUUGGAAUCGAUACACUUCUCAAACAAAGAAGCUGAAUUCUAAUUCUGAAGGCAGAACUCAGCUUUGACUGUUAUCUCCAGACAGCAUUUCUGUAAGAGAUGAUUCAGUUGGUGCUGGCUGGGGCACUGUACAGUCCUGUACUGGAGUGAGAUUUGGAAUAAUGGGAAUACUUGACCAGAACACCAAUGGAAACACUGUGUGUUUGCUCAUGCCUUUUCCAAUACCUUCUUGUAGUUUUUUCUGUAGGGCUCACAGAUCCAAAGUUCAGUAAACCUGUUUUCAGUUUUCAAAUCCUGGAGAUGGUGUGAAGUUCUUCUACUUUAAGCGUGGAGAGAUACUACAGCUGAAGUACAUUUAUUUGAAAUAAAUAUCUCAAGAAAAAUGGAACUGCCACGGAAAGCUCUUUGCCUGCAGAGAGGAGUUGUAAAAUUGAAGUCCUUUUUCAAACUGACAUCUCUGACUCUUUGAUUUUUGAGGACAAUUUCCUAAACUGAAAGUCUGGAAAACAGCACACGGAGUACUGAGUUGUGCAGUUCAAUGACACUGGGGAGCAGGAGGGGACAGUGCCUCCUCCAGGAGCCUUAAUGUAGGCUAAAAUGAUGUACGCUGUGUGUCUUUCUCUGAAUUCUAGUAGGCCUUUAGGUUCUUACCACAACUUACCCCUUGCUCCAACGCCAAGUACUUUGUGUUGUCAUUUCAUGUGUGAAAAAAGGUUACAGAUAGCAUGGAGAAGUACACUAGGUUGGACUUCUAUUUGCUUUGGACUUAGUUUUGAUCUCAGUAUCUGGCCUCUUCAAAGAACGAGCUGCUGGCUGAUAACGUUUUGGACAAGUGCCGUAAUAUAGCUGUAUUAGGGCAAUGCCAAGCUGCUCAGUGGUUUUCCUUUCUUCAACUUCUGCUGGGGUUUAUUUGGGCACUGAAGUGAAUAUGGAGAAUAAUGUGACAGAAAGGGUACGCAGGAAUUCUUUAUUCAUUGUAAAAGCUGGAGUUUCCUGCUAAAGCACAACAGAGCGGAGCAGCUGCUGAUAGGUGAGAUGGCAUACUCGUCAGAAAUGGUUUUCUUUCAGCUUCAAGUUAGUUCUAACGCAUGGCAUCGCUGAUUUUAUGAAUGUUGGACUGAAAUAUUUUCAAAGAGCUCAGAUCUGUGUGAGGACUGCUUUGGCUAUGUGCAGUCCCAGAAGUAAGUGGUUGAUAAUCUAACCUUCAAAAUAGCAAUGAUGGGCUGAGAGCUUAAGGAAUAUUGAUCCUAUUACAUUAGAAAAACGUGUUUGUUGUAGGUGUUACAUGCGUUUGAUGUUCAGCUGUGAAUAGACACAUUGAAUUGCUAGGAACUGCAUUAAUAUUUUAACACUUCUUAAGAUCAUUUGUAUGUUUCUUGUUGAAAUACUUUGUUGUACAAAAUGUAGCUUUAAAGAAUGAGGCAGAAUUUGUACUGAGACUGUCCGGCAGCACCAACAGACUACUGCAGUAGAUAUUAAAUAAUCCAUCAAGUCUUGUGAGAGUAUAGUUGGAAGAAAGAUAUCUAAUUGCAGUACAGGAGAAUUGGAGUUGAAUAUGACAAAGUCAUCUGAAAAAUCUUAACUAAAAUAUUUGAAGUGCAUAUGGUUCCCCUGUUGAAAGGUGGAGGGUGUUUUUUUUAUUUUUACUUUUAUUUUUUGAUGUUGCAUAUUCAAGCACUGUUUCUCAUGAUUUUGCUGUGGUGUCAUCUAAUAGAAAGAAAAAGGGUGUUAAAACUCAUUAUGAACGAUUUGAUGAGUCUGGUGAGUAAGCAGAACUGUUUAAAUCACUAGCUAAGGCAAGAUUCACCUUGUAUAUGAAGGUCCAACACAAAACUUUUCUCUAUCAGAAUGUGCUAAUUAUGCUGUAUGCCUAGUUUUUCACUGCAGUGGUAAAUCAUAAGAACUUUAUGUUUCUAGUAGUUAAUUCUAAAAUAAUAUGUGGUAGCUUGGUUUCUUACAGGAAUUAGUUAUGUACUGAAUCUGCUAAUUGUUAAAAACAAACAAAAAAACCCCCAGAAAACCAAGGCCCUUGUUUAUAAAUGUAAUCUGUUUGCUUUCUUUGCUAAUGUUUCUUUCUUUUUAGGAGCUUUUGCAUCUUGCAGAGCUGUCGAAUCACAUCUUCUAGUUUGUUUUUCCAUGUCCAGGAAACGAAUCGCUUUGCUGCAACCAGUUAGGGCUUGAAAUCUGCUGUGUAUGAGAAACCAAUUGUCCCAGUUUCAGCUGUGAUCUGAUUCACAGAAAUACAAUAAUAUAUAAUUUUCGUGCUCUGGAUUGUAUCACAGCUUUCUUACACAGCUUUAGACAUCUUGACUAUUCCUUUUUUUCCCACAAAUUGUGCUUUCCCAAACACUGAGGACUUGAGGCUGAAACAAUAGUCUCUCUGCAUUUCGUGAGUGUUAUGUAUAUUUGAAAGAUAUCUAAAGACUUUUUUUUAGCCACAUUUUUCUCUUUGUUGAAAAUGUCAUAAAACUUCUCAAGUUCUGCUGGGAAAACAAUGACUUCAAUUCUUUGGAGCAUACCUCGUGUUAUUUUCACUAGAGUUAAUGAAUAGCACUGAGUUGCAGUCACUAUUCUGCACUAAUCCGCUGGUGUUUUUAAACAAAGAAACCACAACGGGAUGUUUUCUUUUAUUAAGUGAACAGCCUUUCAUUAUUGUCACUUCUGUACAGAGGAGCCCAGGCUUCAAUAGCAUGCAGGCCAGGCUUUCAUUUCUAAAUCAAAUCUUUGACCUUGGUGUCUUCAUAGCUAAACUUGAAACGUUGUGACUGUAAAUGUGUUUGAUGCCAGCUUUCUUAUAAUCAGGCCAUCUUUUUUUGUGGAGGCUAAUGAAAUUGUGAUUCACUACCACUUCCGCCCACAGAGGUAAGCUGUACAGUCUAUUUCUAUGGAGCAGGAACAAGAACAAUUUCUUGUUAUUCUAAGAGGCUGCUGCUGUAUUGAUCACUUAUAACUCAUGCUGGCUAAUUGUUAGUUGGAAACAACUCUUAUCAGCUACUGUUGGAGCAUAUCAGCUCAACGAUUGUCAAUAACUUGUGAUUUCUCCUCGCCUAUUCAUAGGGGUCUGUAAUGUGUGGUUGAAUGUAUUGUUAAUUUUUAUUCAGAAGGAUAUAGAUUUAAUAUUGAGUGUGGAGAAGUGUAUCUGAAAGAAGUUCAAGUAAAAGGCUUUUUGUUUGUUUUUUGAUAUCUAGUUUGAUCCAUCUUAGACCUGGCUAUCUGUAAAUGUGCUCAGCAUUUUUUGGAAAAUCAUUGCUUUUUAAGCGUAACUUGACAUUCUCGAGGAGGUGAAAAAGAUAGGAGAGGGGGGGGAAAAAGAGAGAAAGGUACCUUAAAGCCAAGUUAUGGAGAAUGCAUUUCACUGUACUGACCGUGUUCAGAAAAUGCAUGAGGUCUUAUAUUUACUUCUUCAUACAAGUUCUUGAUAUAGCUUGCUAGAUAUUUUCCAUGUAUUCCAAAUGAUCUAAUGAGUUCCUCUGUGUGUUAAAAACACAUUAAGCCAUUACAAUAAAAAGUAAAAAUAUGUUGGGAGCGGCAGCCAAUACUCACAUAAGAGAAGAGUGAUGACCGACAUCGCUUGAAGUAAGUUGAAAUCAAUUUAUGGCUGGCCACAUUGGAGAGGAAAUGUCACUUGGACCACUGCAUUCAACUCUUUUGUUUAAAUAAUUCCAAGUCUUGCUCUUCCUUGUUGGAGAAAAAUGGAUUAAUUUGGCUCUUUGGUGGUGGCUAGAACUGCUACUAUUACUUUGGCAUCACAAAACUUGUGUGCUGAGCAGUUGCUUUGAGGCACAAGCAGAAGAAACUUUAGCCAGUUUCAUGCAAACAACUGUUGAAGAAUCAUCUCCCUUUUUCAAAAAGAUUAUCUGUUUCAUAUGGGGGAAAUAAAGUAUUUAUAAAUAAAGGCUCGAAUCUUUAUGGAACAGCAUUACUGAAAACUCUCAAAACUUACGAAGUCUACUGGGAGUCUAGGUUGGGAGAGUAGUCAGAAGAGUCUUAAUAUCAUAAAACUGUAUGUCUGAAAGUCUUUACCUACUUCAAGGCUUUUGGAGAAAACACUGCUCUACGUGCAGCUUCACAAAGGCUGGUUUUCUGAUGUUUUUCUUUUAAGGGGGAGGGAAUUAAAGAAAAAACUUUAAUGCAGGAAGAAUAUUUUUAAAAAUGUGAAGGCACUUGUUUUGGCUGCAUCUCUGUGUGUUAAAUGUAUAGCCCUCCAGAGAUGGGAGGAGAUGUUUCCCUAGCCCUUUACCAGUGUUGGCUGGAUAUAAGUUCUUUGCCUGUAACUUCUCUAUUUUCUUGUCACACGUCAAAUAAGGUAACUUCAUACUCUGUGGUAUUCCUUGUAAAAACAAGCGGUAGUUCUUGAUGAAUGCUUGCCCCAUCAAGGCAUCAAAAUCUCUUUGGCAGGAGAAGAGUUGCCAUUUGAUGCACUUUGAUCUCACCUUCAGUCCUCCACUGCUUUUCCCCCAUGGGCUCUCACCCUCAGUUUGUUAGGCUGCUUUUAGUCGCAGUUGGAGGGCGGCAGUCCCACAAACAGCAAGGUGGCAGGAGUUUGGAGAAAAUUGGUGCUGGAGCAGAAGAAGGUAACGCUAAUGCUUUCUACAGAGGCCAUGGGGUAAGCAAAAGGGUUGCCUGUUGAUUUUUUUUUUUUUUUUUUUCCUGGCUUGCCAGUGCACCAGUGAAUGCUUUUAUGUUUAGACUGGCCAGAUGGUAUAUGUAAACCUUAGAACAAACCAUGGCAUGUGAUAUCUCCUGUUGAGCUGUUAAUUAAGAGACAUGAGAGAGAUGAUAGCAUCAUGUGGGGAGUGGAGGUUUUGAGAGCUGGGGAAUAAAGGCGAGCUCUUAAGGGCCAGCAUCAAGGUGGUGAGGUUAUUGCUGAUGACUUUGAGAGAGUGGAUCACUACUUCUGCUUUUCAGAAGGCAGAAUAGCUUGUUUUAGCAAGAGCUGCUUGCAGAUGGACUAAUGUAUUUCUAAGCAUCAACAUUCCAUAAGAUACUUUUCAGUGUGCUGCUGCUUUGACUGCAGCUGGUCCUUUCAAAUUUACAACAAAACCCACAAAGCCGGCCAGCUGCUGCUACAGACUACUUUUUCUAGAAGAAUAUGGUCCUACAACUUAAGUCACUUUGCUCAUGUUAAUGAAUAGUUGGUCAUGUUUCUUCGCUCCAACAUAGAGCUUUCAUAGCUUUCUUAUGAACUUACUGAAAACAUAUAUAUUUAAAUGGGGUUAGUUUGGAUUUUGUUCUUUGAAAAGAGAUUUGGCUUAUAAAGGAUCUGUUUGGUAGGUAUCUCCUGUUCUUCUCUUGAAAAAACAAAGAACAGCAGGAAAGCGUACUGUAGGCAAGAUGAAGAUAAGAUUAAUGUACUGUUCAUACAUGCAAAGUAUGUAAGAUGAUGCAAUUAAGGGAGUGUAAUCAUCUUGAGUUUUCUGAAUACCAUGAGGAAAAAAAGUGACCAAAGUUCAAUUCACUGCUAGCAUUUCCUCCAUUACAGUUAAACCAUGCCUUACUGCAGUAGAGAGUUUAUUUCUUACCUGUGGCAGCUGCUUGCACACGCUGCUUUGUUGAAGGCUAUUUCAAAAAGGUAGAUUGCCUCAAGUAAAUGUUUGAAGCGAAGAAUAUUGGGACUGGGUGUCCUAAGUGAUCAUUAUCAUUUUUUAAUGAUUAAAAGUGAAUGGAAGUGUGGGCAGUCACAGUUACAGACUCUGGUAGUAUCUGAACAGCUUUGAAAUGAGAAUUCUGUGAGAAGAUCCCACUGAUGAGCCUAAAGCUACGAUCUCCAAUCUCUGCACUGGGCAUUGAGGAAGAAGCAGUGACAUCCCCCUGCUCAACUUUUUAGUUUACUGCAACUGCUUAACAGUGUUGGAGGGACUCCAUUUUAAUGCGUUGCCCGGGGGGGACAAGUAGGGCUCCAAGUAUAAGUGAAUGGAAGCUAGGCAACAGAAGACCAGUAGGAAGGGGAAGCAGGAGAGUUGGAAGAGAAUAAAAUGUAGAUUCCUUGCUCUUGAGAACAGAAAAAAACUCUUAAAUGGCCCAAUAGUACCUCACUAGCUGUUUUGACUAAUAGUGACAGCUAUGGUUGUGCAGCAAACUAAUUAGUGAAAGAAUUUGCAAGUCCCAGAACUAUUAAUAGGCUGUAGAAGUAAUGACUGUGGGGAGAAUCUCCCUAUUGGUAGAUAAUGUUUUGACUGGUAUGAUUAACCUGUCUAGCCAGUUUCAGGUAGGAAAAAAUCAGUUUGACCUCCUUUCUUGCCCCCUCGUGACUCACUGACAAAGACUAAAUGUUCUUCACCUUUUAGUGCUUUCUUGCUUUCUGGAAAUGCAACAAAGAAUUGAAGUAAUUGCUCUAAACACUGGAGAAUUGGAUAUAAUUCAGGCUAAAGCUAGCUAUAAUUUUCAGGAAAAAAUCAGUGGAAUCUUUACAUGAAAUAGGAGGGACUCACAGACUCCAGUAAAACGUGCUACCAGCAUAUCCUUCACUUUGGUUUACAGCAUGGGGCGCGUUGCUACAGCACUGGGGUGGGCUGGAGUAAUCUUUGAGGAGAUGGAUGAGAUUGUUGAUGUACCUGGAUAAGAUAUGGCAUCUCUUGAGCAAAAUAUUACUUGUUAGUCUAGACCAGACAGACAAGGUAAUUAUGUAAGAAAUUAAGCUUGCACAUUCUCUAAAUACUUGUAGUUUUCUGUUGCGUGUGCUGAAGACGCCACUGAAUUUUAGUAUUCUGCAAAUUUAUUUGCUGCCUUCGUUCUUGACAAGUAAAAUGUUGAAAUGGCAUAAAAAUAUAACUGAAUUUUCCAUUCUGUUUUAUUUUUUUUUUCCUAGGGAUAUGGAAGGUUGAUAAGGCUAUUGCUGAAAGUGUUAUAUUUAAUCAUCUUUUUAUUUAGAGUUUGUUCAGAACUUACUUUCUUGAGGCAUGGAUCACUUUGAUGCACAUCUGAGAACAAUGCUGACAAAUCAGUGGUUUGAGUAUACUUGGUUUGUAGAACACUUCAGCUUGCAAAGUAAAUAACUGUCCUCAGCAUUUGCUAUUUUUUUUGGAAGCUGGUAGAGCACUUGAGCUGCUACUGAAGUAGGUUCUUGGUAAUUUUAUAUCCAGUAAUUCAAGGCUAAAUAUUCAUGCAUUGUACCAUGGAAAUCCAGCCUAGGUAUUUUGAUGAGUAGACUUUUGGGAGCCUUACUGAGAAGUAAUUGCAAGCCCCAAAUUUUCAGUUGCAGAUGAGAGUCUUAAAAAAUGCUUUUUCAGCUGGCUUUGCUUCUCUGGUUACUAAUGAUGAUUUGGAUUUGAGUCUCUUUAAAAAAAAAAAAAAUAUUGUACAUUUCCUGGUGUGUCCAAAAGGUUAGUUGAUAGUUUCCAUGUGAGCCAAUGUUAAGAAGUGGUUUGUAUAUCUUUUUUGUCAAACAGUUGAGCUGAGAUGCCAAUGAGUUGGAAGGUUUUGUUUUGAUGUACCAUGAGACACUCAGAAUUUUUGGAUGUGUCCUGCUUGCUUUUCUCCAUGUCAUGCUAAGCGUUUUGGGUUAAGUGGUUUAAGACAGUACAUCCAAGCUUCUACAUGGAUUGCUCCUGUUGCAUCCAUUCACAGAACAUUCAAACAAAAAUUAUUCCUUAGCCUUAAAUAAGCCCAGCGUGUUAGUGAAGCAAGUGUUUAUACAACUGAUGUCUUUCCAGUUACAGAACACGCGAAGUGGUUGGGUUUGUCAGAACAGCUGGUGAAGAUUACCAGUAGUGAAAGUUUCUCGGAAUCUGAAGCAGCCUACCGGGUAGCAGAUAAGUAAUCCUUCCCUCUUGUAGUUGUGAUGUAAUUCACAGUGUGCCUGGUCCACAGCAACUGCUAAAGGGCAUUUAAAUCAAGAUAGAAAUCGGAGUAACUGGAAAGCAAAGAAUUGGAGAAAAUAGGGGAGAACUACCAAGCAAGAACCUUGUUUAAAUGUAACACAGUAGCAAUGGCAGAUUGCAAAACUCAAGAAGCUGCUGAAAUGAACGGUCUUUCCUCUUCCUUUACCUGGCUGUUCUUUCCCCUCCUUUGGUUGUGACAUAGAUUGUAAAUGUUUCUGAAUUACAGCUCAUCUCUGUGUUAAAUUGGUUUUAACCUCUGUCUAGAUGUAGUGGUGUCUGAGAAGUGUUUGGGGACAGUGGAACGUACUGUUGCUUUCCUUGAGCUGUGCUGCUGAUUUUUAGUGUCCCUGUUCCUUGAUUUUUCGGCAUGUUGUGUAUGUAAACUCUUCCUGGAUACUGGAGUAUCUCUCGGGUUUGUGCACAUAUUAAAAAAAUAAAAAUGAGAGAGGCACUGCAAACAGCUGGCUAGCUCGGCAAUUAGCAAACAAAGGGAAAUGGAAUAUUUCUGGGAAGGAACUUAAAAGAUUUGCGGCACGAUUUUGGGAAACUGUGUGCUGGAUUGCAGCAGUGCCAAAGGCUGCACUGAAACAGCAGUGCUUUUUUUAGAAGAUCUACUUCAUGGGCUUGUUGUCGCUGUUUCCUUGUCCUUGUGAUGACAGUGUUAAUAGCUCCUCGGCUGCAGCUACCUGUUAGUGGCUGCACAGAGAUGGGCAGAAAAGAAGCUCAGAUCAGUGUUACUGAGUGCAUCCAUUGUUUUUGAAGCAUGAUAAUGUAAUGUUUCCUGUGUUCCUUUGUGGUAAACAGAACUUCCUGAAAAAGGGGCCGUUGUCUCACCUGUAGCCAGUAAAUGUCUGCCUGCCUGCCUGCGUGUGGAAGAAUGGAAGAAAUGUCUUUAUUUUCAAGUGAUCUCCCUACUUUGCAAAUGGGAAGUGAUAUUCGUUUGUUGGCUCAGCCGAAUUUCUGAUACGAUUGCAUGUGGGAGAACUUUGCUGGGAGACAGAUGAAGAUAUUCGAAACUGGAGUUUCUGUGGGAGGGACAGCCUUAAGACCUUUUGGAUGGAAGACCUGUGGUUCUGUGUUCAUGUCAGAAUGACCUAGAUCACUUUGCCACUCCGUGGUUCCUACCGCAAGCGCUUGACUGCAGUGCAGUGGGAUUUCACCACCAGUGCUUGUGGACCAUCCAGAUGGCUGUAAACCUGCAGAGGAGAUACAGAACGUGGUCUCUCAAACUGGAUUAAAACAACCUGUUGAUAUUUUUAUUUAUACUUUUUUUUAUUUUUGUAUUUGACUUAAAGUGCCAUGAAAAAAUUUGCAUAUUGCAAGGUGGUCCUUGCCACCUCUUUGGUUUGGGUCCUUCUGGAUAUGUUUCUACUGCUCUACUUCAGUGAAUGCAACAAAUGUGAUGAGAAGAAAGAACGAGGGCUGCCUGCUGGAGAUGUUCCAGAACCCAUACAAAAACCACAUGAAGGACCUGGAGAGAUGGGGAAGCCUGUGGUCAUUCCAAAAGAGGAGCAAGAAAAAAUGAAAGAAAUGUUUAAAAUAAACCAGUUUAACUUAAUGGCAAGUGAAAUGAUUGCACUCAACAGAUCUUUACCUGAUGUCCGGUUAGAAGGUUGUAAAACAAAGGUGUAUGCAGACAACCUUCCCACAACAAGCGUUGUCAUUGUUUUUCACAAUGAGGCUUGGAGCACACUUCUACGAACUGUUCAUAGUGUGAUAAACCGGUCACCACGACAUAUGCUGGAAGAAAUUGUACUUGUUGAUGAUGCCAGUGAAAGAGACUUUCUGAAAAGACCACUGGAGAGCUAUGUAAAAAAAUUAAAAGUACCUGUCCAUGUGAUUCGAAUGGAACAGCGCUCUGGUUUGAUCAGAGCUAGAUUAAAGGGGGCUGCCGCUUCCAAAGGCCAGGUCAUCACCUUCUUAGAUGCUCAUUGUGAAUGUACAGUAGGCUGGCUUGAACCUCUGCUGGCAAGGAUCAAAGCUGACAGGAGAACAGUCGUGUGUCCCAUCAUUGAUGUUAUUAGUGAUGACACCUUUGAAUACAUGGCAGGUUCUGAUAUGACCUAUGGUGGUUUCAACUGGAAGUUGAAUUUUCGUUGGUAUCCGGUUCCUCAGAGAGAGAUGGAUCGACGGAAAGGAGAUCGAACUCUUCCUGUUAGGACGCCUACAAUGGCAGGAGGUCUUUUUUCAAUAGACAGAGAUUACUUUCAGGAAAUUGGAACGUAUGAUGCUGGAAUGGAUAUUUGGGGUGGAGAAAACUUAGAAAUUUCUUUCAGGAUUUGGCAGUGUGGUGGCACUUUGGAAAUUGUAACUUGUUCACAUGUCGGGCAUGUGUUCAGAAAAGCAACACCAUAUACUUUUCCAGGAGGUACAGGGCAGAUAAUCAACAAAAAUAACAGACGGCUUGCAGAAGUCUGGAUGGAUGAAUUCAAAAACUUUUUUUAUAUCAUUUCCCCAGGAGUAACUAAAGUUGACUAUGGGGACAUAUCAUCACGACUUGGAUUGAGACGCAAGCUUCAGUGUAAGCCUUUCUCCUGGUACCUGGAGAAUGUUUAUCCUGAUUCCCAAAUUCCACGCCAUUAUUUUUCUUUGGGGGAGAUAAGAAACGUGGAAACAAAUCAAUGUCUGGAUAACAUGGCAAGAAAAGAAAAUGAAAAAGUUGGGAUCUUUAACUGCCACGGAAUGGGUGGAAAUCAGGUUUUCUCAUAUACAGCCAACAAAGAAAUUCGAACAGAUGAUUUGUGUUUAGAUGUCUCCAAACUUAAUGGCCCGGUAACAAUGCUCAAGUGCCACCAUCUAAAAGGAAAUCAGCUUUGGGAAUAUGAUCCAGUGAAAUUAACCCUGCUGCAUGUGAACAGUAAUCAGUGCCUGGACAAAGCCACCGAAGAAGACAGCCAGGUACCCAGCAUCAGAGACUGCAACGGCAGCCGCUCUCAGCAGUGGCUACUUCGCAACGUCACCCUUCCAGAAAUAUUCUGAGAGGUUCUAAAGAAAAUAAAGGAUUGACUGGGCUACCUCGGCUAAUAUUUUGGCUACACUGUUAAGUAGCAACAGAAGGAAACUUCUCUGCAGAAUCCACAGUUUGCCACCUGUUAGAACUCCUGCAGCUUUUCUGUAGCUGUGAACCAGCCUUCCUGUAAAAGGAUGUGAAACUACCACAUAUACUAGUGAGACUGCGCCCACUGAUGUUUACAAGAUUGAAAGAGUUUCUUCCAGCAAAUCACGUAGAGAACAUUUGGACAGUGGAAACAUAAUCAAUGAAAUAUUCUUUCUGAGGAGCUGCAUAUCGUCGUAGUUUGCUUGCACAUCAGUAACCUCUGCUGAAAGUGCUGUUGUAAGGAAGAAAGUUCCAAGACUUUUUUUUUUUCCUGGUUAGAAGUGGUAACCAGACUACUAAAUACAGAUCUACAAAUAAGCAGAGAGCUGGGAAAUGGAUUCAAUAACAUGAAAUAAGAAUUCUGUGGUUUAAGGAAAAAAAAAAAAAGUAAACAGGGUUGAAUGGAAACUAAAUCAGAACUAUGAAAAGUACAAUUUGUUAUAGUGAAGUAUCAAAUUUAUAUGUAGAUUUUAUACCUCAGUGGGGGAUGAUAACCAAGUCAAAACGCAAUUCUCUUUUUUUUUCAAUUGUGUGAUAGUCCAUAAAUACUUCUUUUUUCCCUGGUGGGUCUCAAAUAAUUUUGGGCGCAAAGAAAAUGAGCGUAAGAAUAAACUUAGCUCUUGAAUGUCAGAUCAACAUUUCUAUUUUAAUUUUUUGGCUGUUGGAAUUGUAUCUUUUUAUUACUGUCUGAAAACUGGAGGUUAACAUGCUGUCUAACUUUUUUUUUUUUUUGUCCAGACCUGACAUUUCAGUUUGUAUUUGGGUCAGUCAGCUUUCAUGGACUUUCAUGGCCAAACAGAAGAUUUAAGUACGUUUUGAAAUCCGUAAGUUAACUUGAUGGAAUACACCUAGCACCCAGAACUCAUACUACUGUACUAUGGUUUUGUUUUCAUAGCCAUAAAUCUUUUGUUCCCUGUUUGAUUUCGGUCAUCGGAAAGCCAGAAGAGAAGAUGCAUGGUGUGGGUAGCAGGAGAUUGGCAAAACUGAAGGUUUUCUGGAAUCCUUUUUCACUCCAUAUUCAGAUGUGCUUCAUUGUCAAGUGCAUAUUUAGAUUAGAUUCUGAAUUGUAAUGUUGAUCUGCUGCUUUUUUCUAAUAAAACCUAAGGAAAGGUAGCUAAAUUGGUAUGGUUUUAAGUUAACAUAGCCAAAAGCAAUAUGACUGUGUCAUUACAUGGGUCUGCAUUUUUUUUUUUUUAACUGAAUUGUUUUGUUCUGUUAAGAAAAAUCUGUGUGGGCGGAUGAUGAAAAUGAGCUACUGAACGCUCAGGCUAUAUGUUGAAUUUUCUUUUGGAAAGAAAAAUGAGAUUUACUUAAUGGAGAGGAUAUUUUUAUGAUAAAUGUCAUUGUUUGGCCAACUGUCCUGUAAAGCGAAUUAAAUCUAGUCUCCUGCAAAA